AUGGAUCUAAAAGACUAUUACCUGUUGGGCGCCCUACUUGCCUGCUUAUGGCUCGAUCCUUCAAUAGCCCAAGAGCUGAUCUACCCCAUCAGAGAGGAAUUGCAAGAAAAUGUCCUGAUUGGAAACAUACCAAAGGACCUAAACAUUUCCCACACGAAUGUUGCCACUGGAGCAAGUGCUAAUCUUGUGUACCGGCUCGUCUCCAAAGCGGGAGAUAACCCACUGGUGCGCGUUCUGAGCAGCACGGGCGAGAUAUUCACAACAUCAAACCGGAUCGACAGGGAGAAGUUGUGCCCCGGCCCCUCGUUUGAGGACAGCGAGUGCUCCUUUGAAAUUGAAGUGGUCAUCCUCCCUAAUGACUAUUUCAGGCUGAUUAAGAUCAAAAUAAUUGUCAAAGACACAAACGAUAAUGCCCCCAUGUUCCCGUCCCCUGUGAUCAACAUCUCCAUCCCCGAGAACACGCUCAUUACCAGCCGAUUUGCUAUUCCUUCUGCCACUGACCCAGACACUGGCCCCAACAGUGUCCACAAAUACGAGCUGAUCAACGGGCAAAGUGCCUUCGGCUUAGACAUAGUAGAAACGCCUGAGGGGGAGAAGUGGCCCCAGCUCAUUGUGCAGCAGAAUCUGGACAGAGAGCAGAAGGAUACAUAUGUGAUGAAGAUCAAAGUGGAGGACGGGGGCAGUCCACAGAAAUCCAGCACCGCCAUUCUGCAAGUUACGGUGACGGAUGUCAAUGAUAACAGGCCGGUGUUUAAAGAGGGUCAGAUAGAUGUGCAUAUACCAGAGAACUCCCAGAUUGGCACGUCUGUUGUGCAGCUUCUGGCCACAGAUGCAGACAUAGGGGGGAAUGCAGAGAUACGUUAUGUGUUUGGGACUCAGGUGUCUCCUGCUACGAAGAGACUCUUUGCAUUAAACACAACAUCUGGCCUAAUUACAGUGCAGAGGCUCCUGGACAGAGAGGAGACUGCUAUUCAUAAGCUCUCUGUUUUAGCCAGUGAUGGCAGCUCCAGUCCUGCCAGAGCUACUGUUACCAUAAAUGUGACUGAUGUUAAUGACAAUCCGCCUAAUAUAGACCUGCGAUACAUAAUCAGCCCCAUUAAUGGCACUGUUUUCCUCUCGGAGAAGGAUCCCAUCAAUACCAAGAUAGCUCUCAUCACGGUGUCGGACAAAGACACAGACAUCAACGGCAAGGUCAUAUGCUUCAUAGAGAAGGAUGUGCCGUUCCAUCUCAAGGCCGUGUACGACAACCAGUAUCUGCUGGAGACCUCUGCUCUGCUGGACUACGAAGGGACAAAGGAAUACAACUUUAAAAUCGUGGCUUCUGACUCUGGGAAACCGAGCUUGAAUCAGACUGCUUUGGUAAGAGUGAGGCUGGAGGAUGAGAAUGACAACCCGCCCAUUUUCACUCAGCCAGUCAUUGAGCUGGCCGUCAUGGAAAACAACAAACGUGACCUGUUCCUCACUACCCUGAGCGCCACCGACGAGGACAGCGGGAAAAACGCAGAGAUAGUUUAUCAGCUGGGCCCGAAUGCGUCCUUCUUCGAUCUGGACCGCAAAACGGGGGUCCUCACAGCAUCCAGGGUUUUUGACCGGGAGGAUCAGGACCGGUUUCUCUUCACUGUCACGGCGAGAGACAACGGGACGCCCCCUCUGCAAACGCAGGCGGCCAUUAUUGUAACCGUGUUGGAUGAAAAUGAUAACAACCCGAAGUUCACACACAACCACUUUCAGUUCUUUGUGUCUGAGAAUCUUCCUAAAUACAGCACAGUGGGGGUGAUAACUGUGACAGAUUCAGAUGCCGGAGAAAAUGCUGCUGUUUCUCUCUCCAUACUGAAUGACAACGAGAACUUUAUACUGGAUCCCUACUCUGGAGUGAUAAAAUCCAACGUGUCCUUUGACAGGGAGCAGCAGAGCUCCUACACUUUCGAUGUCAGGGCCGUGGACAGUGGCAGGCCCCCCUGUUCCUCGGCCGCCAAGGUGACCAUCAAUGUCAUCGACGUGAACGACAACACCCCCAUAGUCAUCUACCCCCCCUCCAACACGUCGUUCAAGCUCGUCCCUCUCUCCUCCAUCCCGGGAUCCGUGGUAGCGGAGGUGUAUGCCGUAGACGGUGACACGGGCAUGAAUGCAGAACUCAAAUACACCAUUGUGAGUGGGAACAACAAAGGUUUGUUCAGAAUUGACCCCGUCACAGGGAAUAUUACUCUGGAGGAAAAACCAGCUGUGACUGACAUAGGCUUACACAGAUUAGUGGUCAAUAUCAGUGACCUGGGAUAUCCCAGAUCCCUCCAUACGCUGGUGCUGGUAUUCCUGUAUGUCAAUGACACCGUGGGCAACUCAACGCUCAUCUACGACCUCAUCCGACGCACCAUGGAGACCCCGAUUGACCGAAACAUUGGUGAAAGCAGUGAAACCUAUCAAAGCGGCGACUAUUUAACCAUAAUGAUAGCCUUCGUUACCGGCGCCUUGGUGGUGAUUAUUGUGAUAUUUGUCACUGUGCUGCUGCGCUGCCGCCACGCCUCCAGGUUCAAGGCUGCACAGAGGAAAAAGCAGGGGGCUGAGUGGAUGUCACCCAACACGGAGAACAAGCAGAAUAAGAAGAAGAAGCGCAAGAAAAGGAAGUCCCCAAAAAGCUCCCUGCUCAACUUUGUCACCAUCGAGGGGAACAAACCCGACGACCCUGCGCACGAGCCGAUCAACGGAACCAUCAGCCUGCCCACCGAGCUGGAGGAGCAAGGGAUUGGACGCUUCGAUUGGAAUGCCACGCCUACCACGACCUUCAAACCCAGCAGCCCCGACCUGGCCCGGCACUACAAGUCCGCCUCGCCGCAGUCGGCCUUCCACCUCAAGGCCGACACGCCGGUCUCCGUGAAGAAGCAUCACGUGAUUCAGGAGCUCCCAUUGGAUAACACAUUUGUCGGAGGCUGUGACACCCUUUCCAAGAGGUCCUCCACGAGCUCCGACCACUUCAGUGCCUCAGAAUGCAGCUCCCAAGGAGGGUUCAAGACGAAGGGGCCCAUGCACACCAGACAGCAGGGAACAUUAACGCGUGCCCGAACUGAACUGAACCCUGAAUACCUGGACCUCCGUCCGCGAGCCGAGCUGAACCCUGAAUAUUGGACCCCUUGCACCCCUUUAUCGCAGCGGCGCGUCACGUUUCACCUGCCGGAUGGCUCUCAGGAGAGCUGCAGUGACAGCGGUCUGGGGGACCACGAGCCUGUAGGCAGUGGCUCCCUCCUCACACAACCUCUCCCUCUGGUGCAGGCGCAGGACGACUUCUACGAGCAGGCCUCCCCCGAUAAGAGGACCGAAGCUGACGGCAACUCCGAUCCCAACUCUGAUGGCCCCCUGGGACCUCGUGGCUUAGUGGAAGCUACAGAGAUGUGCACACAGGAAUGCUUAAUCCUGGGACAUUCAGACAACUGCUGGAUGCCCCCGACAUUGGGAACAUACCAGCAGCCCAAGUCACCCGUGUCUGGCUUUGCGUCUCAGAGGGAGUGGGGUCCCAAGGAAAAACUUCUCAAUGGACAUACUCUAACCAGAACCUGGAAAAAUGAGAGUGGGCGAUCAGAGCAUUUCGGUGACAGGAAGCAGUUUGGGAGCGGAGAGGGACACUUCACAAGCAGUGGCAUGGCUGAUAUUCCGCUGGUGAGUCUUAAGUCCUGCCAGCCAGCCUCCUGCCCAGACAGCCCAAAGGACCAGCAGCUAUAA